AAAAGAGACACGACACAACUGGAGGAGGGGCGCUACAAUUUUCAAGAAGUCGGGCCCCUCCCAAAUGAGCCACCCUUCCCCAACUCCGUUCUUCGGGGCAACUGGCCAGCCACGCGCUCUCUGGUCCCACCCACGUGGACCUUUGCCAAGGGCAGGGCUGGGUGAGCCUGGUGCGAUGUGGAUGAGCUAAACUGGGGAAUUUUGUGUGUUUUUUUAAUCCAAGGAGGGGGUGAAGAGAGGAAACUUCAGGAGCAACAAGAGCAGCAGGAAGCUGCCUCCGUCCUAGACCCUCCAUCAGCACCUCCAGCUUCCAGCUGCCAAGAUGAGUUUCCUUCUCUUCGCUGUCACUGCCCUCCACGUCCUCAUUCUCAUCUUACUCUUCGUCGCCACGUUGGACAAGUCUUGGUGGGUCCUGCCCGACAAGGAAACCGUGAACAUCUGGUAUGAGUGCACACUUAAUAACCACACCAACACCUGGGCCUGCAAAACAGUCUCUGACAGUGCAUGGCUUCAGGCAGUCCAAGCCUUCAUGGUUUUAAGUCUUCUCUUCUCCAGCUUAGCCUUCAUUAUCUUCAUGUGCCAACUCUACACCAUGAAGCGGGGAAGCCUGUUCUACGCCACUGGGAUCUUCCAGAUACUUACAUCUAUCUCCGUGUUCACAGCUGCCGUGAUCUACACCACCCACGUGGAACAGUUCCAGGUUGGCCGACCACUGGGUGGGUCUUUUGGUUACUGUUUUGUGCUGGCGUGGCUGUCCUUUCCUUUGGCUCUUAUCAGUGGAAUCAUUUACAUCCACCUUCGGAAAAAGGAGUGACCAUCAACUGGAUGAUCUCUCCCAUUUGCCUUGGAAGGAGCCCUGUUCUCCUCUGAAUUUAGCUAUGUAUUAACUCUUUGCAGUUUUCAAAGGCAGUUAUGGUACAAAAUCCUAUGCGAUACAUGGAUUGGUCCGCUGGGGUCCUGCAUUGUGAGUGUAUCACCCCUUGUUUGCAUGUUAUCAGGUAUUUCCACAUAAUACAGCAAGUUAAAGGGGUGUCAUCUUGCAGUUGGCAUUUCCCAGGGCUCUUCUAUUUUUCAGAUUUGGCAAAAAUGGAAAUACACAUUAAAACUCAAACUUGCAAACAUUUCUAGCAUUCUUUUUUCCUUUUAAUCCCCAUUUUUAAAAAUGGAGGGUUGAAUAUGUUUCUUGUGGGGUUUUU